CUGGGGUUUUCUGGAUCUUCAAAGCACCAGAAGUAGUAUGUGUACUAUUGAAAGCGCCCAUUCCGUCUUGGAGGUGUGCAUCACAUUGACAUUGUGCAUGCGGUCUUUUACUAGUACAUGUGUUUGGUCAGAGUCUCAUCUCUGUGUGUGUCUGUCUCUCUGUUUGCUUGUGUGUCGGUGUGUGUGUGUGCGCGUGCGCGCGCAUAUGUGCUUAUGUGUCUUCAUGUGUGAGCAGUGUGUACUUUGAAUGUGCCGUGCACAACUGUUUUGUGUGUGUAUGAGCUUGCAAUUGCCUUGCAUGCGCUUUGAACAUGUGUUCAUGUACGUGCUCCGCAGGACUUGUGAUUUUGCCUGACCUUUGAAACCAAUUGGACUGCCUGCCCUGGCAAGGGACUCUUAUUGCCUAGCUUCUUGUUAUGGCGGCAUCAACAGUAGCACGUAACGCCACCUGACCUGUCGUUGCUUCACAGCUGCUGCUUUCUCACUCCCGCUGUAUCAGUUCGGCGUAUUGCCCAGCUGCACCGUGUAGCCGUGUUGUGAAACAGCAUACCGGUGCUCCCUGCUCAGUAGCUGUUGUCAGUACCAGGAACUUGGUGAGUGUAGCGGACACAGGUAGUGGCGAGUACACUGCGUCGCUGGUGACACACCGUCACUGGAAAUGCCCCGCGUCACGCAGUGCAGCGCGUCACUAUUCCGCUCCACCACGUGUCACAAACGCAGCGUUGCAAGGGCUGCUAGCGCAAGUGCAGCGUCUCCAGCAUGCUAGCAGGAACAGCGCAGCAACAGUGGCGGAGCACUGAGCCCGGAGCAGAGGUCCCGAUUGGCUUCCGCUUGUCAUAUGCUGUGCGCUGCGAUCGGGUCGUUGCUCAGCACCAUCCCUUACUUGCUGCAGCAAUGUUCCCGCUACAAUACUUACCCGGGUGUAGCCAGCAACGGACUGCGAUCUAGUGUAUCCAUAUUCUCCACGUGUACAUUGGUGCUUGAUGACAUCAUCAAGUCACUGCUUACCUCAUCGAAUACUAGGAGAGAUUUCGCACAGGCUGUGUCAGCACUUGAAGAACAUUCAGAGCUGCUCAGGGAUCACGCGCAGCUUUUUAAAGUCAUUUACGCUGUCGUGCAAGUGGACAAGACUGGCGACCUGAUCGUUGAUCAUACUCAGUUUCCGGACGACUUUCUGGACACUGCUGAGAGUAUGGAGCGGAGAAGCUUCUAUGGACGGUGCCUCGGCCUUCAUAGUGCCAGCUCUGAGCCUUCUAAGGCAGUCAUCAUUCACUUCCAUGGUGGAGGGUUUCUGGCGCAAACGUCACAGUCACAUGUGAGCUAUCUAAGCCACUGGGCCAACCAGCUCAACGUUCCCGUGGCGUCCGUUGACUACAUGACGGCCCCCGAGCACCCGUACCCACGUGCCGUCAACGACUGUUUCUACGCGUACGCCUGGGUGCUGAGGAACGCCACCAGCCUGGGUACCACUGCCGAGAAAGUCAUCCUGGCCGGCGACUCGGCUGGAGGUAACUUUGUCUUCGGAGUGGCAUUCCUCGCUGCGCAGUACCAGCUUCGGAAGCCGUGUCUGGUUCUGGGCGCGUACCCUGCUCUGAAAAUCUCACUGGAUCUGUCACCGGCACGCUGCCUAAGCGUAAUGGAUCCGCUGUUACCCAUUGGAACGCUGCGGGCAUGUUUGAAUGCGUACCGGGGGAGUGGCAGCACGCCAGAGUAUAACCCGAACACCGGUCACCUGUCACAGCUGCAGUCGGGCAUCCACCACUGUCAUGCCACCAUUCUGAAUGCUUCGCCGGCUUACCUCUCUCCACUGCUGGCCAGUGAUGAGAUGCUGCACAGCUUACCAUCGGUUGCAUUGCUGCCAAGUUCAUUUAACCCCCUCUUGGAUGAUUCCAUCGUCAUGGCGCGUCGUCUGCACGCACUCGGCAAGGAUGUGACACUACGCCCAUUCGACGGAAUAUCCCAUGGCUUCCUCAACUUCCACGCAGUCAGCCGCUUGGCGCAGCAAGCCACCAACGUGUGCAUUGAGUUGAUGGACGCAGCAAUCAAGCAACACGACCAAGAUGUUUAGUCGUGAUACAAGUAGUGCCUAUUGCAGUACGAGAUGUCACCACUCAUGCGUUCUCAGUGCAGCACCGGACAUUUGCCCAUUGGCACUCAUUUUACGAGUAUUGAACUAUUU